CUUCGCUAUCUGCGCCUCUUUUUCUUUCUUGUACGCAGCUGGAAGCUUUGUUCUUAAGAUAAGAACAGAAUAGUGACUAUAUACCACCACACCACUAUAUGGCCCCUUUUCAUUCCCACCAUUGCUGAAAGAAAACAAACAAAGAAGAUCUCCUUCCUUGGUAUUUUUGUUAGAAACGAUGUCAAAUUCCAACUCCAUCUCUGAAGAAGCUAGUGUUUCCUCGGAGACAAGAGCUCAAGACCACUUCAGUUUGAACUCUUUGCUUACUUCCAUAUCACCUCACCAACAGCCACUACCCAAGACCAAGAAGAAGAGAAACCAAGCAGGGCAUCCAGACCCAGAAGCUGAAGUUGUGGCUUUGUCACCUAAUACGCUGAUGGCCACCAAUAGGUUCGUUUGUGAGAUAUGUAGCAAGGGCUUCCAAAGGGAUCAGAACCUGCAGCUGCAUAGGAGAGGGCACAACUUACCAUGGAAGCUGAGGCAGAGAAGCAACAAAGAAGGAGCUACAAGGAAGAGGGUGUACGUUUGCCCAGAGCCAUCUUGUGUGCAUCACCAUCCUUCCAGGGCUCUUGGAGAUCUGACAGGGAUCAAGAAACACUUCUCUAGGAAGCAUGGAGAGAAGAAGUGGAAAUGUGACAAGUGCUCUAAGAGAUACGCUGUGCACUCUGAUUGGAAAGCUCAUGUUAAGACCUGCGGAACAAGGGAGUAUAGAUGUGACUGCGGCACCCUUUUCUCCAGAAAGGAUAGCUUCAUCACCCACAGAGCAUUCUGUGACGCCUUGGCAGAAGAAAGUGCACGAGUGAUGGCCGGGGGCGGCGCCACCAGUGCAUUCCCACCAUUGCAUCAGCCUCUCUUCCUCCCCUCAUCGUCCUCACCCUGGGACCCCUUUGCCUCUGCUAACGCUAAUUUGAUUCUUAACCCUAGCCCUGACGACUGCAAUAUUAAUCUAGGAGACAUUGAGCUGGUAAAAAAGCCUGAAGACAACUUUUCUUCUCUCCUUCACCACCUUCCUACCAACCCUACUACUUCACCUCAUCUCUCAGCCACUGCGCUGCUCCAGAGGGCCUCAGCUAUGGGCCCUAUGAGCAUCACGAACGCCUUAAGUGGCCUAGGUUAUACUAGUGCAACUGCUGGAAAUACUAUCGCCGUCAAUUCUGAGUCCGGCGUCCAAGACCUUAUGAUGUGGCAGGAGGCCGGCGACUGCUGGACUAGGGACUUCCUCGGCGUAGCAGCCGGAGGGGAUGGGGGCGAUGAGCUACUUCUGGAUCUGGUGACUGCCUCUCCAUGCGCCCCUGUUGGUCACCCAAACAAGCAGAUCGCCGAGUUCCCUCCGGUCAGUGGAACGUGGAACUGAGACAGCACGCAAACUGCUCGAGUUUAGUUCACUUUGAAUUUUAAUUACUAUCAUGCGGCAGCUAGCUAGUAUUUAUUAAUUGUCCUUACAAAUGUUGCUGCCUUGCCCCUACUGUUAAGCUCUUUAUCUCACUAUCAUCAUGAAUGCGUAACGUUGGCAUCGACCAAACUUAUAUCAUAUACACUCUUCGUUAAUUAA